AGUAGCGCAGACUGUUCUUUCUUUGUUUUUGUUUGUUUGUUUGAUUUUCAUGUGUUGUAUAUUUUUGGGCAUGGUCAUGCCUCUGUUUUGAGUUUUGCUCUAUUCUGAGUUUUUGUUUUAAAUUUUCUUUAUGUGUUUUUUUUAUUUUCUGAUCCUUACUUUUUCUGUUUGUAUUUUUUGUUUUCAUUUGUUUACAUUAUUAUGACCAUGGGCAAAUGGUCUCGAGCUGGCCAAACUGUGUAUGUUGCAGGAGCAGGAGGAACAGUUCGCAAUCCAGGGUACAGUAUAAGCAGUGGGAAUAAUAAGGAGGUGGGAAUAAUGAGGAGGAGGAGGAGAAAAGAAGCAGAAUUACACAUCACAACUAUCAAGAAUUAUACCAGCUCUGUAGUUGCAGAUCUAGAAUCAGCAGAUGCAACAAGUGUGGAAACAUAUAUUCAAGCUGAAGGCCACACAAGGAGGCUUGUUGGGUGCUUUGAUGCCAUCACUAUUGGAAGUUCGUCCAUGACAGCAACACCCUUUAGACAUAAAGACCGUGUAUUCAACCAUGCAAAAGAUGGAUUUAAGUUUGGUGUCUGUCCUGUGCCAGUUAUUGAAGAAUGA